AUGCUCUCUUUGGGCGUCUGCUCAAGUGCACGCCAGCGCUCGCUACAACUUACCUACUCUAGGUUUCUAAACUUGUGCAACAAUUCGUUCCGGCAGUGACAAGUGUAAAAGCACAGCCAGGUCGUUUUUGAAGCUGCGAACGCACGUAUCUACACCAUGUAAUGUUUACGCAGCGUUUUUCGCGGCUGCUACACAAAGUGAAGCUUGCCUUUGAUCCCGAUGCUUGCGACCGUGCGGUCACUGUCACUAUGGUUCAUCGCUGAACGUCGCGUUGGUUCAACGCGACAUGCGUGCAAUUCAUGUCCAGUGUACUGCUGGGUCGAGCGUCGCAUUUAAUUCAACUAGAGCUGACGUUAUCAUUAAUCGUACACGCUGAAACCCCGGUGUCGACGCUGUAGCGUGAGGCCUAACGAAGACAACCGGCACGAUUGCUCGGUUAGAGAGCUGUCAUGAACGACUCUCAUGACUACGACGCCGAGGAUCUGAAGGAGAAAACGCCUACAGUCGUUCAGAAUUGGUUCCCAGCCACUCUGAAGAAGUGGGAAAUCCUGCUGAGGAUGUUUCAUUGGUUGGUCUGGACGUCCGGAUUGGUUUACGUUCUGGGCUGCUUCGUGACAUCCAAAACGAAUUAUACGUUGCCUGAAGUUGUUCCUGACGAGUUCGUCGACGGUUCUUACGGUAUCCCUCGCGACAAGGACACUGCUGACGAGGAAUGGUACCGCUACAGCACUGCCAUCCGUAGGUUUUGGCCGUGGGUUUUGGUGCAGCCUCUCAUCAGCCACUGCCUUUUUGCCAAAUGUCACAAAUGGCUUUCAAGUUUUUAUGCUGCGUACAGCACUUUCUUCCUGCUCUACAAUGUUGGCUGGCUGACAACUGCAUCUUUUUACACCCUGUACAUCAUCUUCUACAUUUCUGCAAAGUACAGAAGUACCUUGGUGUGCUACCUACUGGGUCUCGCUGUCAUCAUCCAUUCAGCCUUUCCUGUGUUAACAUUCCUAAAGCCUGUCUAUCUUUACCAUGGAAGUGUGGAGACUUUCCUCACACAAGUUGGGCUUUCGUGGACGGCAGCUCGGUGCAUGAGCUUUGCCAUCGAUGCCAUCGCAAGACCCAGCACAAAGAGCAAUCCAGAAAUCGACACAUCACUUGCGUACAUCCUCUACUUGCCAGCACUGUUCACAGGCCCCUUACAGAACUACUCGGACUUUGUCGUACAGGUCACAAAACAAAAGAAAGCCUGGUCAACGCAAGAUAUCAUGUAUCCUGCUGUUCAGGUCGGGUUGUGUACAUUCUACUACUUUCUUCUUGAAGCCCUUCUUCACUAUUUCUACAGCUCAGCCUUGGCAUACUACCCUGACCUCGUGGCAGAUAUGGACGAUCCCAGCCUUUUGGGGCUCGGGAUCUGCCUCACGGUGCUGUUCUUCCUGAAGUACCGGAUACUCUACGGGUUGGGGUCGGCAGUGGCUGGCCUCGAGGGCAUGGCUCUCCGUCCGCCACCAAAAUGCGUGAGCCGCAUUCACCUGUGCUCUUACCUUUGGAGGCACUUUGAUCGAGGGCUCUACCUGUGGAUACAGAGGUACAUCUACCAGCCAGUCGUGGCUCGUGGGUGGACGCCCAAACGCCGCAUGCUGGGGGCAGCAGCCAGUUUUGCCUUCGUCUGCUCCUGGCACGGCAUGGACCGGGCAGUGGUGGUGUGGUGCACCCUCAACUUUGUUGGAAUCUCCACCGAGCUCCUGAUGGAGGUCAUCAGGAACAAAGACAGCUGGAAGAGGAUCGAGGAAACCUUCUUUAAUAAAAUGUGGUUGCGAUUCCUCAGGGCUGUCGUCUCCGCACCGCAUUUCCUUUUCUCCAUGUUCUCCUGUAUGUUCUUCCUUAGCAACGUGGACAUCGGGCUGAUCUUCCUGAGGAGGAUAAUAUGUGGCUACCCAAUUCCCUUGGUGCCAACACUGCUUGUCAUGUACUGCGGUUGUCACGUCUCAAUUGACAUCAUGGACUGGGAGAUGAAGAGAAAGAAGUCCUCUUAGCAGUUGCUCAUAUUUUUCAAGGUAACUUAACAGCACUCAGCUUGGGCUUGCCGUAAUGACAUACCUGCCUAGGUAGUGGAACCUGGAAAAGCAAAUUGGACAGGUCACAAUGGUGAACGCCUUCUAUUCACGUGAAUCAAGAAACGUAAGCGAGAAAGUCAGUGUACUCAAAGUGCACUGGUUGUGCCAAGUGCUUUAGACACCUGGUUCACUGGUCAAACUUUCCCAGUGCAGCUUCCAGCGUAAAAAAAAAGAAAAAGAAAUAGAAAAAACAUGGAUUACCCUAGAUAUUGAAUUACUGCAGGUGAUGUCCAACUGCCGAUCUAUUUUGCCCUAUCAUUGUUUUGUAUUGUAUUGCUCUCAUUUAGAUUCAGGUUACAUGUUUACAUACAUUUAAUUUAUUAUUUUUCUUAUACAUAAUGUUGACGCUUCUGUUUACACAUUUGUACUGCCUACUACUGGCUUCUCUUCAGCCACUCACACAAUAAAAUGUUUUACUGCUUUU